UAGAUAAUCAAUCAAAUCGAGGUAGACUUUUGUUGACUUGUUUCGUUCGUCGUGGAUUGGUAGCUAAGCUCACGAGUCACUGCAACUCGCUCGUCCUGUUUCUAGGGAUUUUGGCGCAAUUUAGGGUUUUAGGGUUUCUGUGCAGCUACAGCUAGGGUUUUUGGGCUGAAUUAUCCAUGGACUCUGUUCAAGCAAAGCUGUUCGUGGGGGGCAUCUCUCGGGAGACAAGUGAAGAGACACUGAAAUACCAUUUCCGGAGCUACGGCACCGUUGUGGGCUCGGUCAUCGCCAAGGACCGCAGCACCAACCACCCUAGAGGCUUCGGCUUCGUCUGGUUCUCUGACUCGUCUUCGGUUGAUAAAGCCCUAGAAGAUCCCCAUGUGAUUCUGGGGAGAACGGUAGAUGUAAAGAAAGCCUUUCCCAGAAGCGAACAACUCAGAAACCAACAUCAAAGUACUUGGUCGAGUAGGAGUAGUAGUAGAAGCUUUGAAAAUAGCAACAAUCAGUUUAGAACAAGGAAGAUAUUUGUUGGGGGUUUAUCAGCGAGUCUGACUGAGGAGGGGUUUAAGGAUUAUUUUGAGAAGUUUGGGAGUGUAACGGAUGUAGUGGUGAUGUAUGACAACACAACCCGCCGACCUAGGGGGUUUGGUUUUGUUACCUUCGCUUCGGAGGAUGCUGUUGAGAAUGUUAUGCAGCAAAGCUUUCAUGAGUUGAAUGGUAGGUUUGUGGAGGUCAAGAAGGCUGUGCCAAAGGAGGAGAAUAACAGUAACGACAGUGGUUAUACACCGGUCAAUUACCCUCCUUAUACUUAUAGUCCUACUCCAUAUGGGAUUCUUCCUAGUCCUACACCUUAUAAUGGGUUUGGGCCAUUUAUGUAUGGAACCGGUGUUUAUGGCGGUUGGUACCCUACGGGAGGAUCUGGUGGGAUUCCUUAUGGCAUUGCUCCAAUUGCUCCUCAGGCCUGGAUGUUUCCUUAUGGCAACUCUUUAUAUCCGAGCCACAUGCGUGGUGGGGGCUUGGUGGCAGGUGGGUAUAGUGGGAUUCUGGGGCAUGGUGCUGUUGGUGGCAUAUCAAAUCAGGUUGUUUUUGGCAAUGGGCAGGCACCAGCUUCUGUGAAGAAGUCAUCUCGGGUUGAAGCGGAGAAACUAGAUGUGGAUUCUGGAAGCAACAGUGCUGGUUUGAAGAAAAGAAAUUCAAAGAGGUCUUGAUGGAUAACUUCACCACCUAUCUACACAGGACUGUGACCUCUGUAAUUCGUAAUUCAGGUAGUUAGGUUUGGGACUGAAAGCAUUUGCGUGAUUGGAGUUAAUUUGUACAAAUCAUUAGUCACAUUGGCCAUUCAUUUCCUGUUGGAAAUUGUAAAUACAUUUUAAUUUAACCUGUUUCUGUUGUAAU